AGAGAGAGAGAGAGAGAGAGAGAGAGAGAGAGAAAGAAUUAGAGAAGGCGCCCAAAACCCAGAGUCACUCAAAUUUCAAGUUACAGAAAUAGCGAAAGAGCUUCUCAGACCCGAAUGACCCUUUGAUCCUAUAAAGGUGUUGGCAAAAUCUGCAGUUUCAGUGGGUAAUGGACCUUCGUCCCAGACCGAGAAAACCUUUCUCUGGCUUUACUGAUGCUGAGAUUGAGAAAAUGGAGAAAGAACUUAAACAAUCAGGAGAACAGGUUUGUGACCAAGAAUUCUGCAAGAAAUUGGCACAGGCUUUCAGCCACUCUAAAGGUCGUGCAGGAAAACAGAUAGUGAAAUGGACUGAGGUCCAAACUUGGUUCCGGAACAGGCAGCGAAGUUGUCUCUCAAAGGAUAAUUCCGCAGAGGCCAAGAGGAAACUCCCUGAUGUGACUGAAGAAUGUGCUUUAGAUAAAGCAAUAACAUUUCAUAUGCCUGAAGGGCAAAAGGUUCCAGAUUUGUCAGACUUAGAAUUUGAGGCUAGGUCUUCAACAGAUGGGGCAUGGUAUGACGUUGAUACAUUUAUCUCACACAGGUAUCUUAGCUCAGGAGAACCUGAAGUUCUUGUGAGAUUCGCGGGAUUUGGAUCAGAGGAGGACGAGUGGAUAAACGUAAGAAAGUCAGUCCGGGAACGAUCUGUACCUCUUGAGAGUUCAGAAUGUAACAAAGUCAGGGUUGGGGAUCCUGUUUUGUGCUUCCAGGAGAGGAAGGACCAGGCUAGAUAUGUUGAAGCACGUGUUAUUGAAAUUCAAAAGAAAUUUCAUGAUAUAAGGGGCUGCAGAUGUCUCUUUGUGAUUCAGUAUGAUCAUGAUAACACAGAGGAAAUUGUUCAUUUGAGGAGAUUAUGUUUCCGGCCAAGCGUAUUAGGGCGUCUGUGCCAGAUUUAGGUUUUGAAUAUAAUUAUUGCAGCCCAACAUGUUUUGCCUUUUGAUGAUGCACAGUUUUGUUACCUUCAUUUGGCUAGUUGAUGCAGUAGGUUUAAUGCAGCUUAUUUUGCUUCUUGUGGCCCAUAUCUAAUCUAAACCAAUAUGCUAAAGGCAUAAUUUUGGUGAAAAUUUCAUAUGCCUAUUGUUUCGUAUAUCUGCAUUCUGGGGGUUGGACAAUUGUAUUGUGUCAGAAAACGUUUCCCAGAACUCUUUCAGAUGCAAUUUCUAGUUGCAAAUUUUAGUAGAAGAAAACAGUACAUAGAAGUGCAUUCCAGCAAGUCUCUAUAUUGUCAACAAGUGCUCCAAACUAUUAGGGGUCGUUUGGUUGGAAUACGAUUUAUACCGGUUUAAGUUAUGCCGGUAUAAGUUAUAUUGGGAUAAGUAAUGUUGGAAGUAGUUAUGCUGGGAUUGUUG